GCCGGGACGCCCAUGUGUGUCGUCUGCUUCGUGAAGGCGCUGGUGCACGUGUUCAAGAUCUACCUGACGGCCAACUACACCUACAACUUCCGCAGCUGGCCGGCGGACUUCCGCUGGGAUGACGUGCGCGCUGCCGGCGCGGGCAGCAGCGGGCGCCGUGCGCUGACGUGCACGGCGGCAGCGGCGGGCGUGUGGCUGCUGCAGGAUGCGGCGCUGGGGGCCGAUGCACCCGGGAGGCCGCUGCGCGGCACGCGCAGCCAGUUGCAGUGCCUCCUGCAGCAGAUCCGCGAGCUGCCUGGCCAGCUCGCCAGCUACGCGCUGGCCCACUCGCUGGGCCGCUGGCUCGUGUACCCCGGCUCCAUGUUCCUGAUGACCCGAGCGCUGCUGCCGCUGCUGCAGCAGGGCCAAGAGCGCCUGGUGGAGCGCUACCGCGGCCGGCGCGCCAAGCUGGUGGCCAGCGACGGCAACGAAAUUGACACCAUGUUCAUGGAUCGCCGCCAGCAGCCGGGCAGCCAGGGCCGCGGCCUGCGCCUGGUCAUCUGCUGCGAAGGCAACGCGGGUUUCUAUGAGAUGGGCUGCUUGUCGGCGCCGCUGGAGGCCGGCUACUCGGUGCUGGGCUGGAACCACCCUGGCUUCGGGGCCAGCACCGGCGAGCCCUUCCCCCAGCACGACGCCAACGCCAUGGACGUCGUGGUCAAGUACGCGCUGCACCGUCUGCGCUUCCCGCCAGCCCACGUGGUGGUCUACGGCUGGUCCAUUGGCGGUUUCACUGCCACCUGGGCCACCAUGACCUACCCGGAGCUGGGGGCGCUGGUGCUCGACGCCACCUUUGACGACCUUGUGCCCCUGGCCCUGAAGGUCAUGCCCCAGAGCUGGAAGGGACUGGUGGUGCGCACCGUGCGCGAGCACUUCAACCUCAACGUCGCCGAACAGCUGUGCGCCUACCCAGGGCCGGUGCUGCUGCUGCGGCGCACUCUGGACGACGUGGUCAGCACCUCGGGCCCCCUGCGCCCCCUGGCGGCCGGCGACGUGGAGGGCAACCGCGGCAACGAGCUGCUGCUGUGCCUGCUGCGCAGCCGCUACCCGGCGGUGAUGGCGCGGGACGGCCUCGCCGUCGUCGCCCGCUGGCUGCGCGCCGCCAGCCCAGCGCAGGAGGACGCUCUCUACGCGCGCUACCACGUGGACGACGAGUGGUGCCUGGCACUGCUGCGCUCCUACCGCGCGCGCUGCGAGGACGAGCGCGAGGACGAGCGCGAGGACGAGCGCGAGGACGAGCGCGAGGACGAGCGCGUGGACGAGCGCGAGGACGAGCGCGAGGACGAGGAGGCCUGGGGGCCGCACGGACUCCCCUUCCCGUGGAUGGUGGGUCAGGGCUUGAGCCGGCGGCGUCGCCGGCAGCUCGCGCUGUUCCUGGCGCGCAAACACCUCAAGAACCUGGAGGCGACCCAUUGCAGCCCGCUGGAGCCUGAGGACUUCCAGUUGCCCUGGAAGCUGUAG